AUGGAUGCUAUCUGGAGUGAUGCGCUGUUGCGUGUUGCGAUGGAGGCAACUGGUUCUCAGUUGAUAUCAUGUGACCUUUCUGAAGCAACGUGUGAGGGCGAUGGAGGAACAGAGAAGGACAUAGCGAUUGGAGUGGAUCUCUACAUGGGAGCGGAGAAAGCCGGUUCGUCACAGGCGAAAAGACCUAACAGACUUCUUGGAAGGCGGGGGUUUUGA